CCGCUUCGAGGCGAGUCUUUGAAGUGACAAGUCCCUUCCUCUUCCUUCGGUUCUUUCUAUCUCCAAAUCCAAGGACUGGAGAAUUGAGAAUAAGCUAUAAUGGCUUUUGCUUCGUCGGUUCACACUUCCAUGGCGGUUCAGCGCUUAUCAUUCUCUCUCUUUGACCGCCUCCUCGUGGGCCAAUCCCGGCCCAGCCAUUUGUUUCUGCCACUUCACCCUCCCCACCGCUCCGUACUGGCUCUCUCGCGCCGUCGAAACCCCAGCUCUUCCAACUCUGCGUCUUCCUCUUCGAAGAGAAAUAAGAAAGUCUUGCGUCGCAAUGAUGCUUUAGAAGACGACGUUGAUAUAGACGAGGAUGCCUUUGACGCACUCUUUAGCCAACUGGAAGAGGAUUUAAAGAAUGAUGGGCUAUCCCUAGAUGACGAGGAUGAUGAGAUAAGUGAAGAAGACCUUGCCAGGUUUGAACAAGAAUUAGCGGAGGUACUAGGAGAUGAUGAUAUAGAAAUGGCGAUUUCAGCUGCAGAUGACACUGAAAGUGAGAAUGAUGCUGAAGAAGAUGACGAUGAAGAAUACGAAAGGCCGGUGAAGCUUAAAAAUUGGCAACUUCGAAGAUUGGCUGCAGCUUUGAAAGCUGGCCGCCGAAAAACUAGCAUAAAAACUCUUGCUGCAGAGCUUUGUCUUGAUAGGGCUGUUGUUCUUGAAUUGCUUCGUGACCCUCCUCCAAAUCUUUUAAUGAUGAGUGCCGCUUUACCUGAUAAACCGGCACCAAUAGUAUCAGUAUCAGUGCCUGAAAGUAAGCCCGCACCCACAGAAAUUCCUAGCGAAACAAGUGCGGAUGCAGCAGAACCUAAGACCAAGGGGCAACUGCCUGUCCAUGUCAUGCAACAGACAUGGAAUGCUCAAAAGAGACUGAAAAAAGUGCAAGUUGAAACCCUUGAAAGAGUUUAUAGGAGAACAAAACGCCCUACUAACUCAAUGAUUAGUAGCAUUGUGCAUGUGACAAAUCUACCCAAAAAAAGGGUUGUGAAAUGGUUUGAAGACAAACGUGCUGAAGAUGGAGUCCCUGACCAUCGCAUUCCAUACCAACGGUCUGAUCCUGAAACUGUGAAGUCCCUUUAAAUGCGUGUGAUGAGAUUUUGUCUGUAAUGAUUUCUGAUAAGAGUAUAUUAUGCUUUUUACUUUUCUGGUGAGAUAAUUAGAAAAUCUAACAGGAAAUUACCAUACAUAGGUUAUUCCAUAAGGCUACUGUACCAUGACACUACUUUUUUGGCACUCUUUCUGCUAGAGGUUCCGCUCAAACGUUUCCUCCACAAAACACCUUCUUUUCCUUGGCUUCCUUAGGACUUCAUUGAAGAAACAUGUCUUAGAUUAAGGUUUUUCAUCCCUUUUACGCAGGGUGGGUUAGGAUUUUGCCACCUGUUUUGGAUACCUGUCUUAAUAGCUGAUUUUGAAAUACAUUUUGUAAAAGCUUUGUAGAAUACUCUACCGUCCUGGUUGAAUCAUUUAAGUCAGGCGAUCGUAAUUCCUUGUAAGAACAUUUUGUGUCAAGUCAAUUAUAUAUGUGCAAAUGCUAAUCCAACCUAUUUAAUUAA